AUGUCCGCGAUCAUGAACAGGCUCGGCACUGAAGUGGUGCACGAGAUUUGCACCAAUCAGGUGGUGGUGACAUUGCAGGCCUGCGUCAAAGAGCUCGUCGAAAACUCAUUGGAUGCCGGUGCCUCGAAGGUGGAGAUCCGCCUCCGCGAGUCUGGGGCUGAGCUGUUGGAGGUGGUGGACGAUGGCAGAGGCAUCAGUCCCGACGACUACGACAAGGUUGCUGCCAGACACGCGACUUCCAAGAUUCGGAAGUACCAAGAUUUGAGUUCUGAUGCCUUCUCGACAUUCGGUUUUCGAGGAGAAGCACUGUCUGCAAUAUGCGCCAUGGGCGACAUGACGAUAGCUACGAAAACUGCCAAUGAGUCGGCAGCUUCUUUGCUGUCCUAUGACCGCUUUGGCAGACUGGUUUCGCGGAACGCCCUCGCACGGGAGACAGGCACUACUGUCUCGGUGCGGGAGCUCUUCAAGCGGUUGCCCGUGCGGCACCGGGAGUUUCAGAAGAAUGCCAAGGCCCAGGUCGGGGCCACACUCCGCCUCAUUCAAGCCUAUGCUGUCGCGGAGCCACAGGUUCGGUUCAGCGUGGUCUCCGAGAAAUUGCGUGGGCCUGGCAGCGGCCGAACCACGUUGAUGUCAACGUCAGGUACAGCGCGAAACUGGACGCAGGCCGCUGCUGCCGUGCUGGGCGAUGCAGCGCUGUCGGGAGUGCUCACGAUUGCUGCCACUAUGGAGGGCUGGGAAGUGGAAGGCCUGAUUUCUCCGCCCUUCGGCGGCCGGCGAAGCCGGGAUGCGCAGCUCUUCUUCGUGAACCGCAGGCCGGUGGAUCCCCCGAAGCGCAUCGCCAAGCUGAUCAAUGACACUUACCACCAGUACAACUCCAGAGCGUGGCCUUUGGUGAUUCUGGCCUUUACGGCACCUCAAGGCAUGGUGGAUGUCAAUGUCACGCCCGACAAGAAGACCGUAUUCCUACACCACGAGGAAGCCUUGCUUGGUGAGCUGCAGAAGUCUCUUACGCAGGUGCUGUCUGCCGGGCCCGACACUUCCCAACGCGGCCUCUGCAGCUUUGGCGUCGUGCCCGUGCUGAAGGAUACUUCCAUCGCGUUGAAGGCAGAGGAGGCCAAAGAGUCGCCACGCAGUACUCUGGAUCCACCGCCGGAGCCUUCUGUGCACGCUUCCAGCCUCGAGGAGACGCGUGGGAAGCCGGACUUGGUAGCUCUGCCCUUGCAAGACUUCACAGUGCCGCAAACCUUGACAGCCGAAGUGGACGUGGAGGGCUUGCGCAUCAUCGAAUUCCGGGAGGAAGCUCCUUCCCACGCACAG